AUGGCGAAUCUUUUCCAUGGCCUCACCGCCGCAAUGAGCUCCUGCUUCCUCGGUCGCCUCCAGCUCGACCCGGACUGCGGCAUUCCGGCCCUGCGCAUCAUCACUGCCGUCGAGCGAGUGUUCAUGCUAGAGGAGGAGAAGAUGGCGGAGCAAGGAAGCUUCGCGCACGAGUCACUGCUGAGCCCUGACGUGGCGAGCCUGGUGGUGUCAAAGAUACAGAGCCAUGCGCUCGAGCUGCUGAAACUUACGAAUGACGUUGACCCUGUUGGACGCAGCGACAUGCUGUUUGACGGAGAUGUCGUAGAAGCUGCUUCCUCCUCCAUCAGCGGCAUGACCAGUAGCGUGCAGGCGAAUGUUCAGAGGGCGCACAAGAGGAGGAGGACAGCGAAAAUGGAGGGCAAGAGCUCAAGUCAGACGAUGAUGGAGCAGACAGAUGUUGCCGUUGCUCCCGAGCUUCUUUCAGCCUCGUUUCACCUGAUAGAGUCAGCUGUCAUGGUCUGCGGCUCAGUGCUCGACGGCUCAGUGAGAAGAGAAGUCAGCAGCAAAGUCAUCGCCUACCUCCUCCUCUCCUACAACCAGACCGCUUUCCUCGCCGACACCGCCAGACAACAAGGAGAAGUUCGUCUCGCUGCUCUCAAGGUUGCUUGGGCGAUUCUACUAGCUCCUGUCAACGUUCCUCCUGCUUCUGGUCUCGUCAUGCGCGUCUUCCGCUUUGCCACGCAGGAUCCUUGUGUGGAGGUGCGAAGUUUCUCGUCGCUAGCCAUUCAGGCGCUUCCUUCCCUCAUGCACCCACGAGCCCCUACGAUUUUUCUUCCUUCUCUGCAAGCUCCCAUCAUCGAAUCGCAGCCUCCCUCACACCCGCAGCGGCAAGAGGAAACAUCAAGGACGCCCCUGCUCCCUUCCUCUUCCCACGACGCCAUGGAGAUAACGAGUGACGUCCAAGGGGCGACUCAGAGGCCAAAGGAGGCUCCUGUAGCUGCCUCCAGUCAAGCACACAGACCAGCUGCUCUUGCUGCAGCCGAUGCGGUCAACUUGAAGCAGCAAGAGUCCAUGGAUGCAGAGGAGUCGAAGAGGAAGGAGGUGGAGGCAGCCAAGAGAAGGCAAGCAGCGGAGGCGGCGAGGAAGGAGGAAGAAGAGGCAGCGAGGAGGAGAGAAGCGGAGGAGGCAGCCAAAAGAAGAGAAGCGGAGGCAGUGAGGAGGAGAGAAGCAGAGGAGAAGGCAAGGAAGGAAGAGGCAGCGGAGACGGCGAAGAGGAGAGAGCAAACAGCAUCUACGACUGUUGGGAAAGAAGCGGACGUGAGGGAAGGUGCGACAACGAGAGCAGGAGAGGAGGAAGUCGAGAUGCGCACGGCCGACAAGCUCAUGCCUUUGAAGGAGGACAAGGAUGGUGAAGACAGCGACGACCCUCAGCUCGUCAUGUGCAGCCCCGACAGCGACGGUGAUUGA